AUGGCACAUCCACAUCGAGAUUUAUUUGGUCUAGGUAUUUAUAAAGAUGGAACAGUUUGGUGGUAUACUCAAUUGCCAGUUCAUGUUCAUCAUAAUAUGGCAUUAAAAAUUCGGUCAUUUCUUUAUUAUGCUACAGAAUAUACACUCUUUACUAAAAUCUGGAAAUCAGAUGGAUCUGUAGAUGAAGAGAUUCAAGGAGGAACAAAGCGAGCUAUAGAAUUAACGUCAGUCCAUGAAAGUGCCCUUAUUAAAUUUAAUGAAAAAGUUCUGAAUCUGGAUUGUACUUUGAAUGACUUGCAUGAUCUUGAAAAGCCAGAGAAAUCUGGAGGUAUAGGAAUGAAAAUAGUCAUUAAGAAUUUCUUGGGAAAUGAAAUAUGGGAUAGUGUAUCUUCAGUCUGCUAUAUAGAUUUAGAAUGUGAAAGAGCAUUUGCUUCCGCAUGUACCAAAACUAAAGAAGGAAAGAUUAAUAUUGACAAUAAAAAAAUUGCAGAAGCACUUAUAUUAUUUAUUGCCAGAAAACUUCCAAAAGCUACAAGAGAGCUGAUAGAUAUUAGUGCAUGUAUGGAAGGAGAAUAUUCUUCUACAGUACUAAUUCCUUCACAAGAGCUUAAAGCAGAAUAUAAUGAGCUUGAAAAAUUUCUGGGAGUAGAAUCAAUAGUAUGGAAUGUCCCAAUAGAUCCACCCCCUAAAUACAUUUAUAUUGAUCUUCAUGGAGCAUAUCUUGAUUGUGAAGAUUCAGAAUGGAGUAUAUCAGAAGCAUUACCUUGGAAAGGCUGGAUUCCAACACCUCUUAUAGAUUAUCUACUUAGUGCUGGAUGGCUUAUAAGUAUAACUCCAAGAGAAAUCAUAUAUAGUGUAGGCAAAAAAUCCUGCAUUGAAUUUCCACCUGAUCGUGAUAUAGCAGUUUAUUUCAUGGAAUCAUAUGCUCGUAAUGCACAA